AUGAGUGACAGUCAUCGAACGUAUCGUUCCUUGGUACGGCACAAUCGGGCCAUGGAGACGGGAGAACCUUCCAUCAUUCAUUCCCCCGAAUUUCACGACAACAAUCUGCUGCGUCAAGCAUGGGCCAUCAGUCCCUACAAUAGGAAGCGCCACAAGAAAUCGCCUCCAAAUGCUAACAUUCGAAAAGAGAUUAUUCGCAAUGCCAUGUGCUUCCAACCAGUGUCAGGGUACUGCGGAAUGGCCACAGUCAAUACCGUACUGACGUCAUUGAAUCCACCCUAUUUUGUGCAGUAUCCCGAUCAUGGAAGAGGAUAUUCCAUGUAUUCUUUAGCCGAGUAUCUCAUUGUGAACUGCGUCCCCCAUCAGUUUACGGAUGUGGACGCCAUCUUUAUGGAACGCAAAACUACCUUGGAUCAAUUCCGUGCCAUGCUCCAACAAUAUGUCAAUUCUCCCGAUUAUCGACUGUUGGCCAAUUUUCAUCGAACGCCCCUGUUCUAUUCCGAACGGAGUACCGAAGAGGAAGCACGGUAUCGUGCAUGGGCGGGUCAUUGGAGUCCAGUGGGAGGGUUGAUACAGACCCGCGAUGACAAGGAAUAUGUGCUCGUCCUGGAUACCAAUGAGAAGUAUGGUCCCUUUAUGGUGUCUCUGGAACGAUUCUUUCUGGCAGUCAAGACCGAAACACUGGAGGAUGGAUAUAGAGGAUUUCUCAAGGUGAAAAUCAAUCCUGCUGGCCACCAACAACGAUUGCAGGCACCUGCGCCAGCACCGUUUCCCAUGACAAACUCUGCGGACUGUUAG